AUGCCGUGCACAGCCGCCGGGGGCGCAGAAGCGCAAACCGAAGCAGAAAUCGUCAGCAACCAACACUUUGGGGCCAUGAGUAUCCGCGAUGUCUCGCGCCUGGAGCGAAAGCUCGAUGGCGUCGCGGCGAUUCUGGCCGCCUCUGACAACGUCGGACUUGCCAGGACCUCGAGCGGCCAAACGCCACCCACCAUCGGCGGCUAUGUCGACCAAUUUCUCCAGAGCGACGACGAGGCACAUCUGAUGCUCGACAUCUUCCGGAAUGAACUGACACCGCACUUCCCGUUUGUCGUGAUAUCGCCGUGGGUGACGUCCAGCGACGUACGGGCCAGGAAGCCAUUCUUCUUCUUGAGCGUCAUGAUGAUCACCUGCCGCCAUGAUAUCCCCCGGCAAGGAGCAAUUGCCAAGGCGAUCCGGGAGAUUAUCAGCCAGAGGAUGCUGAUCAAGAGCGAGCAGAGCUUGGACAUGCUGCAGGGCAUGCUCUUCUACCUGGCUUGGUACCACACCCAUUUGCACCUUGGCACGCAACUCACCAACCUGCUUCAUCUUACCAUGUCCUUGAUGAUCGACCUGGGGUUGAACAAGCAGACAGCGCCGAGGAGGUACGCAAAGCCGCAGAGGGAGUAUUUCCGCAUGGACGGACGCGGAGAGAAUGUAGCGCCACGAACAUUGGAGGAGCGCCGGACUUACUUGGGUUGCUUUUGUCUGACUGUAGUGAUCUCGAUGACUGCCCGUGACUUUGAGCCCGUUCGAUACACAAAGUACACCGAGGAAUGUUGUCAACUAUUAUCCGAGGAGGCUGAAUACCCGACCGACACGUACCUUGUUCACGUCGUCAGGCUUCUCUACCUGGGCGACAAGGUCAACCGCACAUUCAACCAACAAGAGUGGGAUCCCUCGCCGACCAUCUCUGUCCCCGUCGGCGCCGCUGUAAAGUCAAUGGAAGCCGAGCUACUGAAGCUGAAACCGCCGGUCCUCCUCCCUCCUCCUGAUACCCUCCAGAAUGUGUUGCUGCUCAUGCAUUACUACGGCGUCGAAACGUAUCUCUUCGAAAUCGCCCUGGACGAAAAGGUCGAAGCCUCGAGAUACGGGUCCUUCUCGCUCACGCGGCUGAGCCUGCUCUUCGCCUGCCUGCAGUCGACCAAGCACUUCUUCGACACCUUCUACGCCCUGCCCGCGUCGACAUACUUCGACCUCCCAUACUCGACGUGGACGCUGGUCAGCCAUCUGAACGUCGUGCUCUCCAAGCUGUCGCUCUGCGUCGUCGAUGGCUGGGACCACGACUACGUUUCGCAGACCUUGAACUUCCACGCCGUGCUGGACAAACUGUCUGCAAAGGUCGAGGAGGCUAUCCAAAUGGCCACUACUACGAGUGGUAGUAAUACACGGUCUCCCCACGAGAACGCCCCUCCCCACAACAGUGCCUUGGCGCGCAGUGUCCCCCUCAUCUUCGUCACCGUCGAGACGAAGAUCAAAGAAGUCAAAGCCGUGCAUGAUGCGAGGAAGGCUGAUCUUGCGAGGAGACAAUCUCAGCAUGCGACUUUGCCCGGUGAUCAAUUGCAAGUGCCAGACGAGCUGGCCACGGCUCUACCGGAGGACUUUACCAUGAUGGACUCUCUUGAUUUCUUCAACUUUGGUGAUGACACGCUUUGGGGUCAGAAUUGGCCUUGA